GAGAAAAAGCAGCAAUGAGUAACAACUCCUACACCAAGAAAUAUAUUUGAGACAUUUUAAAGCAACAGAAGAGCCUAAAACAAAGAAACAUAACAUUUUUUAAGUAUAUCAAUUCCAGAAAGAGAAGCAACUCAAGGAUCCUUCUUUUAUAGACCUGAAUAUACCGAAAAAUGUUCCUCUCUAAUACAGCCUUUUGAUGGACAGGAGUUUCCAAGUGUCACGCCCACCAACUAUAAGAUGACCACCUCUCACAAUCAAGCUCAACCUGGCUCUUCUAAUAGCUCAUACCCAGAUGAAUACAAAAUUGCAGCCCUUGUCUUCUACAGCUGUAUCUUCAUAAUUGGAGUAUUUGUUAAUGUCACUGCCUUAUGGGUUUUCAGUUGUUCCACCAAGAAAAGAACCACUGUAACCAUCUAUAUGAUGAAUGUGGCAUUGCUGGACCUAAUAUUUAUAAUGAGUUUACCUUUUCGAAUGUUUUAUUAUGCAAAAGGUGAAUGGCCAUUUGGCGAACACUUCUGCAAGAUUCUCGGGGCACUCACAAUGUUUUAUCCGAGUAUUGCCCUAUGGCUUCUUGCUUUUAUUAGUGCUGACAGAUACAUGGCCAUUGUGCAGCCGAAAUAUGCCAAAGAACUUAAAAAAACAUUCAAAGCCGUGCUAGCAUGUGUGGGAGUCUGGAUAAUGACCCUGAUAACCAACAUCCCACUCCUCCUGCUCUAUGAAGACCCUGAUAAAGCCUCCAGCCCUGCCACCUGCCUCAAGAUUUCUGACAUCGUCCACUUAAAAGCUAUUAACAUAUUGAACUUCACUCGACUUAUAUUUUUUUUCUUGAUUCCUCUGUUCAUCAUGAUUGGGUGCUACUUGGUCAUUAUUCAUAGUCUCCUCCAUGGUAGGACAUCGAAGCUCAAACCAAAAGUCAAGGAGAAGUCUAUUAGGAUCAUCAUCACACUCCUGGUGCAGGUGAUCGUCUGCUUCAUGCCUUUCCACAUCUGUUUUGCUUUCCUGAUGUUGGAAGGGGAUGAGAACAGUUACAAUCCCUGGGGAGCCUUUACCACCUUCCUGAUGAACCUCAGUACCUGUCUGGAUGUGAUUCUCUACUACAUUGUUUCAAAACAAUUUCAGGCUCGAGUCAUUAGUGUCAUGCUAUACCGCAAUUACCUUCGGAGCGUGCGCAGGAAAAGCUUCCGAUCAGCUAGUUUGCGGUCACUAAGCAACAUAAAUAGUGACAUGUUAUGAGCAGUAAGUUUUUUGUCUUCAACCUCCUUAAAUUCACUUUACUAAUUACCCUAGAGUCAGUGGACAUUUUGUAUAUUAUAAAGUCCCUUCUUUCCUGAAAAAAAAA